CCGAAGCAAGCCGAGCGAAAGCGGAAAACGCGGAAAAAAAUCCUUGGAAAAGCAAUUUGUGCCUGUUUAUUUUUGCAAAUUCACUCUCAACAGAACAAGGCGUCUCGCAAGAAAAAUGGGCCGAACUCGCGAACCACAGAAAACAACCGACGCCGACUCCGAUAGCGGCUCCGCGGAGGAGUUCGUGGUCGAAAAGAUUGUGGACCGUCGCGAGCGCAAGGGCAAGGUGGAGUACCUGCUGAAAUGGAAGGGCUACAGCUCCGACGCCAACACCUGGGAACCGCCCGAAAAUCUCGACUGUCCCGAGCUCAUCAAAGCGUUCGAGCAAUCGCGCGAAACCGGCAAGAAGGAUAGUGGAAAGGAAAAGGCCAAGCCGCGUCGCUCCAGCACGACGAGCCGCAAGAAAAAAGGUGGCGAUUCGGAUGCGGAUAACGGUGCGGCCUCCGACGAUGAUGAUCGCGAUGACACCGCUUCCACGAAAUCUUCCGGCAAAGCAAAAAGAACGCUAGAAGCAGAAGAAGUUAGCGGCUUCGAUAAGGGUUAUAUCCCUGAGAAGAUUCUCGGUGCCACCGAGGCCAACGGCAAGCUGCUCUUCCUAGUACAGUGGAAGGAUAAGGAUAAGGCGCAACUGGUCAAAUCGGAGGAAGCGCGUAAACACUGUCCGCAGUUAGUGAUCGACUUCUACGAGGAUCGUCUUAUUUGGCAGCCGUUACAGGGUGAGACAGCCGCGAAUAAAUAAGCCGGCAGGACUGGUAGCGGUUGGUCUAGUUACAUUUGUGACGGCAUCUUAAUUAUUCACUACUCCUACUUUUCUCAUAAUAAAACUAUGUUAGUAUUACCAUGAAA